GUUCAAGGUCGUUUUAACGAAACGGCGGUCGACUCUCAAAAGAGCUAACGUGUUACAGAUCUCAUGGUCAAAAACCAAAGCCUCUGCAUCUGACAAUGAAAGUAAUGUCCGGAAAUUUUUAUCUGCGAUUUGCGUUUUUGUAUAUGAUUAAGUACUCUACAUUUUCUGUGAUAAAUCAAUUAGUUUCCUCUUAUUGAUAUUUUUGGUCGUCGACAUAACUUGUACAGUACUUUCAAAGAAGUCGAAGUUCGCAAUUCGUUUUAAAUUUGGUCGAGAUUUGUAAGGCCUAUGAUGCAUCCCUAAAAUGGACAUAAAUUGCAUCAUCCAGUCAACAGAAAAUCUUCAUCUGAAUUUGAGUGAACAGAGCAGCAAAAAUCUAUGCAUCAGUGAUGAUGAUGUUAAAAAUACAGCUAAUUAUCUGCUAGGCGAUGAAUUUGAAAAAUCAUGGGAUACAAACAAGUUGAGUCUUCCUCCUAAAGCAUCGCCAUUAUUCUGCUACAAAGUCUGUAGUGAGCAAAGCUUGUUUGUGGGCGAUCAUGCUUUUGGUUUUCCUCCUCUUUCACGUAGUGACGUUAUGCCCGUACAGUUCACUCACCUCAAAUGUCUUACAAAAGGAAACUCGAAAACCGUUUAUCAAGCGACUUUAAAACUUAAGUCUGGAAAGACAUUAGAUUACCGUCCAGGUGAUAGCAUCUCCAUAUUACCUGAAAAUAAUGCGCAAACUGUGGCGUGGUUGUUACAGCGUUUAACACUGGAUAGUCUACAUGAUGCCGAUACACUUUUCACUCAUGAAGUAAUAACUACAAAGCAUAGAAGCCUCCCUGAAUGGUCUCAUUUUACUUGUCCACUUUCAUUACGAUAUUUGUUGACGUAUUGCUGUGAACUGUAUAUACCCGUAACACGUCGGAUUUUACGAUUGCUAGCAGAUUAUUGUUUUGAUGACAAUGUCAGCCCUGUCAGUGCAGAAAGACAACGUAACCGACUUUUGGAAUUCUCCAGUGCCGAAGGGAAGAAAAUGUUUGAAAAGUAUAUCCAAAUACCUGAUCUUAAUCUCUUGGAUAUUUUGUCUAUAUUUUCAUGUUGCCGACCAUCAUUUAUUCGAUUGUUGGAAAUUCUUCCAACACUUCAGCCACGUUCAUAUACACUCAUUAAUCCAGUUGAUAAACAAUUGUCUUGUGAACAAGAACUAUCUUUUAUUUUCACUAGAGUGGAUUUUAAAUAUCCUGAAAGUGAUAAGCAUGUAGGUCUUAUUGAUCGUUAUCCAUCACGACGUCAUGGCACUUGUACCGGUUGGCUUGAAAAAAUAUGGUUUGGAGUUAAUCAACCUGAUGACUAUCAGAAAGUUAAUUUCAACAAUAUCGAACCUCAGAUUAUAUAUAUAUAUUUACGUAAAAAUAUUACACAAUUUUAUUUACCAGAUAAUAUCUCCCAACCAGUUAUCAUGAUUGCUGCCGGAAGUGGAAUCGCACCAUUUAUUAGCUUUAUAAGACAACGUAAAAUCGAUAACCUUAAGAAAAAUACCUCUACUGGAGAUUUGUGGCUAAUCUAUGGUUGUCGUUCUCCAACGUCUAGUCUCCUAUUUGAAAGUGAGCUAUCAGAUGCAGUAAAUUCUAAAGUACUGAAACAUCUUUGCUUGUGUUUUUCGAGAGAUACUGUAAAUUCUCCGGAUGAAAAAUAUGCACUUAAAGAAAUUUCGUCAAUAUUAAUUGAACAAGCCUGUUUUCCACUCAAAGCACAGUAUGUUCAAGAUUGUAUCCUUUGUAAAUAUUCUACUGAUUAUGAGGUAUCCGAGCAUGAUAUUCAACUGAUGAAUCUUGUUUUCGAAAAAGGUGCUAAAAUAAUGAUUUGUGGAGGACCACGUGCUUUAGCUUUUGGAGUGUAUGAGUCGUGGCUGAGACUGCUUGCUAUGCGACUUUAUUUUGAACGAACACAGAAAUGGUGUAAAUAUUCAGCCAUACCUGAAGAGGAUUUCAUAAAUGCUCGGGCAUAUGUAGAUAUAAUGCGUAAAGCAGAACGAUUUCAAGAAGAUGUAUGGGCUUAACAAAAAAUCCCACUUAUGAUAUUUUUACUGUAAAUUAUUCGUCUAUUAAUAUUUCUUCUUUGCAUAUAUUCCAGUGUGUAUAAUGUUGUAUAUUAAACUGUAUCACUAAAACGUCCUUUUUCUACAACUUAAACUGAGGGUCACAGGCAAGAGUUACGAAUAAAAUUAUGUGUAUAUUUAAUAACUUUGAAAGUUGUUUGUACUGUAUCACAAACUGAUUGAUAUCAACCUAUCGUGCUAAGAAGAGUUUGUUUAUUAUGUCAUCUGGAUUUGCUACUAAGGUGAUUAUUAAUCCAUGAUAAAAAUACACAUUAUAAAGUAA